GAUUCGGUCAUGUAUGCGAGCAUGUAUUAGUGUCACACAGAGGCGGUCAGCGGCCAGCGAGGGCGAAUCGUUGUACGUUGUACACCUGGCUUGGAGAUGAGGGUUGUACGCAUCGCAAUCGGUGGACUCUGCAUGCUUGACUUGACUUCAGGGUUUGUGUUUCCUGCUCCUGCUGUUUCUACAUGUAGGCGCGCUAGGAUGUCCAGCAGCCCUCUGCGUGCUGCCAAUGACGUCAAGGUCACGGUUGAAGGUGUGGUACGGACAGUGGCAUUAGAGGAAGGCGUUUCGAUCCUGGACGGCCUUGAAGCGCAUGACAUCGACGCCCCUCACUCUUGCCGUUCUGGCCUGUGCACCGAGUGUGCAGCCAUGGUUACAGCCAAUCUUGACAAUGUCAAGCUAGAGGCGGCAGUACUGGACCCGGAAAUUUCUGCGAGAGGCUUUGUGCUGACGUGCUCUUCGACCGUGGCUGGACCUGGAGUGGAGCUGGAACUGGGUGUAGGGGACAAGAUGUAUGAGGCGCAGUACGGUGAAUUGGUGCAAGGCCACAACGAUGCACAAGAAGCCAAACCUGGGAAGUGGAAUCUUCCUUUUCCCGACGUUUCAGGCGCAUGAUCGUUGGCGCUGGAGAACCUUAGCCGAGUUACGGCUCGCGUUUGCUCAGAGCAAAACGGGAGGGUUGCGCGAGUUU